AUGAUUAAGUCUCUGAGCUCCAUGAGCAUGUUCCAUGUUUUGCUUUUCAUAUUGCAUGUUCUGCUGCUGCUGGGGACGAGUUGUGGUGCGAAGAAUAAUCACUUGUGCAUGCCUUCAUCUUGCGGCGAUGUUGAUGACACAUACAAUUUUUUUCAAUGGAAAGGUGACCAGAAAGGCUGCAGCCGCUCUGAGUAUGAGCUAGCUUGUGAAAAUAAUCGCACUAUUCUAUAUUUGUAUGCCAGUCGAUAUUAUGUGAAGUCGAUUUACUAUGGCAAUAAUUUGACAGAUGGUAGUAUCUCUGGUAAUAUCACGGUGGUUGACGAUGGACUGCAAAAAAGUAAUUGCUCAUCUCUCCCUCGUUACUCAUUGGCGAGAUCCAACUUUAGUGCUUAUUUUUCACAUCAGAAGUAUUAUUCAUUCUCUGCGGUGGCGGUCUUCAUGAAGUGCUCACAGCUCGUUGCUUCUCCUUCGUAUAUCAAUACUGAACCAUGUAUUGAAGGAGCAUACUCAUACGCAGGAAUUAAUCUACAAGUAGGGGACAUCAAGGAUUCUUGCAACAUAACCAUGAUCACUUUCUUAUCGGGUGAUGAUCCGACGAGGGAAAUGGAUUGGUAUAAUCUCCACAACAUGAUGGCUGAAGGAUUCAAUCUCACUUUUCAUGGACCUCCUCCUUCGCCGUCUUGGCUGUCUUUGCUGUCUUUGCUGUCUUGGCGGUGUUUGCCGUCUCCACAGUCUUGGCAGUCUUGGCUGUCUUCACCUCCGCAGUCUUGGCUGUCUUCACCGUCUCCGCCAUCUUUCAUCUUCGCCAUCUACGCCGUCUUCGCCGCCGUCUACGCCGUCUACGCCGCUUUCACCAUCUGCGCUGCCCCUGCCGUCUCCACCGUCUCCGCUGUCCUCGCCAUCUCCGCCGUCCUUGCCAUCUCUGCCGUCCUCACUGUCUCCGUUCUCCUCGUCGUCUUUCCCAUCUUCACCGGUAAUUUUCGAACUUUGCGUGAUUAUGUACCCAGAGGUGUGAUGGUUCUGCGCGGUAUAUCGCGAACUAUUUGGGUCGAAUUGCCGUAUGGAAUCUCUUCUUUGUCUUGGUGGAUGAGAAGGCAUCAAGCGACCGAUGCAAACAUCGAAGAAUUCCUACGAGCUCACAAUAACUUUUUGCCCAUAAGGUACUCUUACUCGGAUAUCAAGAGGAUUACAAAAAAUUUCAAAUGCAAGUUAGGUGAGGGGGGAUAUGGUUCCGUAUACAGAGGAAUACUUAAAAGUGGCAAUGAAGUUGCAGUUAAGAUUUUGAACAAAUCAAAAUCUAAUGGCCAAGAUUUUAUGAGCGAAGUGGCCACAAUUGGAACGAUCCACCACGUUAAUGUGGUGCAACUUGUUGGUUUUUGCUUCGAAUACUCCAAACAAGCUCUUGUCUAUGAUUUUAUGCCGAACGGAUCUUUGGAUAAGCACAUUUCUCAUAAGGAUGGUGAUGAUCCUCUUGAUUAUAAGAAAAUGUAUGAGAUCUCUCUUGGCAUAGCUAGAGGGAUAGAGUAUUUACAUCGGGGAUGUGAUAAGCAAAUUCUACAUUUUGACAUCAAGCCUCACAACAUUCUCCUAGACCAAAGUUUCACUCCGAAAAUUUCUGACUUUGGACUUGCAAGACUUUAUCCCACUGAUCGUAGUAUAGUAUCGCUGACUGUAGCAGGAGGAACCUUGGGUUAUAUGGCUCCCGAGCUAAUCUAUAAAAGCAUUGGUGGCAUUUCUUACAAAGCCGAUGUUUAUAGUUUUGGGAUGUUAUUAAUGGAAAUGGCUAGUAGAAGGAGAAAUGCACCUACAGAGCAUUCAAGUCAAAUUUACUUUCAUUUGUGGGUUUAUGAUCAACUCGACAAUGAAAAGGAACGUGAAAGGGUAGAUGUCAUAGAAGAGGAAAGAGAAACAACAAGGAAGAUGAUAAUCGUUGCACUGUGGUGUAUACAGUUGAGCCCUAAUGAUCGGCCGUCGAUGAGGAAAGUCCUAGAUAUGCUUGAAGGAGAUAUGGAUAAACUUCAAUUGCCUCCAAAACCACUUUUGUAUUCGGGAGAGGCACCCGUUGAUGAUGUUGACGCUGAGAUAGAACUUGAAACAAUCUCAUCUUCGUCAAGUACUCCAAUAGUUUCUAGCGGUUCCCAAUUUUACCAUGACCAUGAGUUUAUGAAAUCAUGUAUUGUGUGA